UUCACUCGGAAGUAACAAAGAAAGAAAUGAAAUGAUAUCAGCAAAAAGAUUUUCAUAUAACUAUUUGUUACCUAAAUGGCGAUCUCUUCCAGAAUCAAGGUUUCCGAAAGUAGCAAAGAUGUUUUAUAUUUCGAAUCUGAAUAUUCAGAUCAAGAUAAGAACACAAUAUUUAUCUCCAAGUGUCAAUUACAAAGUUCAUCUCAUCUUUAGAUUUCGUGGUCCAAGAAAAUCUCAAGCUAAGCGGAUGUAUGUGAACCUAAAGUACAAAAUGGGGAACAAAAGCUUGAAUGCAUAUUUCGCAACAUGGAGAGAAGAUGGGUGGAUGAUGAUUGAAUUAUUUCAAUUCUUGAAUCACAAAAAAGAUACUGAUUUUGAGGUUCUACUUGAAAGCUUUUCACGAUGCUAUUGUGGAACUGAUUCCAUCUACAUUGAAGGCAUUCAGUUUCAAGCAAUUAACAAUGUAAAACACGAAGAAAUUGAAAACUUAACGGAAGACCAUCAAGCCUUGAAAUCAAAAUCGAAGGCGAAUAAGUUGUGGUUCUUGCCAAAUCCGAUGAAGGAAAAGAAAGAUCACACGAUUUCGUUCUCGUUAUGUCAAAUAGAGAAAAAGAAAGAUGAGUUGCUUUCUGCAAAUGAAGAUAUGCUAUCAAUCCAAUCCGGAUUUACUGACGCAGUUGAGUGUUCACGACAACAAAUAUUGCAAAUCAAGUGCAAGAUUAAAAGUCAAAUGUUGUCAGCAAACACCCAAUAUGCGUGCUACCUUGUGUUCAAGCUUUCAGAGAAGUGUUGUGGGUUGCAUGGUCCGGUGAUAGUACGAGAUUUAUUCAACUGGAGAAGCAAAGAGACGGGAAUUCUUUAUUUUAGACAUACAAACCCCUGGAAUGUACGCGAUACUGACUGGGUUCCAAGACAGAGGAAAGAUGGAUGGAUGGAGGUUAUUGUGUGGAAAUUCAACUCAAAUUAUGAGCUUAAAAAUGAUCAUCUUUUUGUUAAUUUGAAACUCAUAACUUAUGAAGGGACUAUGUCGGGCCUUAUUGUACGUGGCAUCAAGUUUCGUCCGAUCUAAGUUCGUACAUGACAAUUUUAGCCAUAUUUUAGUCUUCACCGGAAGCAGCUCGGUAGGCAGGUCCGUUUAAAGAACAUGAUCAUAUACUUGGUUCUGAUGUGGUAGUGUGAGCGAAUCACCCGUUAAGAAUGAUAAGGCUGGAGGUGUGUCAAGGCUCCACCAGACAUGACACCCUGAAUGUUGAUUUAGAUGAUUCUUUGUGUAACACAUCGUUGUAAUCUAUUGCAAGAAGUAUGAAUGAAGUUUUAUGUUUCUCUUGUUAAAA